CAUCCCAAAGAUAGUUUUUUAUUAUUAUCUUAUAAUACCUUUCAGUAUAGUUAAGACUGAACCUCAUGAUCUCAUAUUUUAUCAGAGAAAACUCUCACCAAUCAAAACAUAUCCCCACCUCAUAUUUUACCAGAGGAAGAACCAAACCCCCCACCCCCAAAGAUUUUUUUAUUAUUAUUACCCUAACAUAUUAGGGAGUGCUCAGUGAAGUAACAUAUAAGUAGCACAAUGCAUAGAUAUUGCAUUGAUAUAGAUAUCCGUGAUACCAAAUUUGUCUAAUCUGGUUGGAACCUUAUGAACAGCUCCACCCCUUUACCAUUAUUAAUGUUGGGAUGUUAAUUGUUGAGGCCACUCUAGGUAACGUGGCUUUACUUUCUAGUUUUCCAACUACUAUUCACCUACCAAAAAUCAAAGCUCCAACUCGAGAUACAUUCAAAGUUUGUCUCUAGUUCCUGUACGAUAUCAUUCAUUCAAAGAUUCUUGGUUAUGGAGUUCCGAGUAGCACACAAUCCACAAAGGAAAUCCUUACAAAUCCAUCCUGAAAGCCCAAAAACUAAUAGGUAGACAGUGAUGGCCGUAAUGGACUCAUUUGGGCUUCACUUGUUCAUAAUAAUCUCCCUAUACAAUGCACUGGUUUGUAAUGCCAUUGUUCCAUCAUCUCCAUCAAUGGAUUCAUGGGAAUGUAGCUGCGCUGCAACUGCAAGCAAUACUAACCCUGUAAGGGCAGGUUACUGGCCUUGGGAUGCAAACUCAUACAUGCCCACAUGGAAUAUCAAUGCUUCUCUGUAUACCCAUCUGUUCUAUGCCUUUGUAGAUCUGGAUAACCAGACAUUCACAGUGACUGUGCCCCAGGAACAACAGCAGAUAUUUGAAGGUUUUUCUGCAACAGUACAGGAGGUCAAUAGCUCUGUAAAGACACUUAUUUCUAUUGGAGGUGGUUCCAGCAAUGCAACAUUGUUUUCAAUAAUGGCAUCCAAUUCUUCACUAAGGAAAAGUUUUAUAGACUCUAGUAUAGCAUUGGCCAGAGAUAAUGGAUUUCAUGGAUUGGACUUGGAUUGGGAAUUCCCUGCAACACGUACUGACAUGGACAAUUUUGGGUACUUGCUGGAUGAAUGGAGGGAUAAAGUUCAUCUGGAAGCCUUGACUUCAGGCUUGGAACCUCUGCUACUGACAGCUGCAGUGUAUUUUUCUGAGCAUUUUUUUGAUGGGGAAAGCAGGGACUAUCCUAUUCAGAUUAUUGCAGAUAAUCUGGACUGGAUAAAUGUAAUGUGCUUUGAUUAUCAUGGUUCCUGGGAUACAUCUCACACAGGAGCCCAUUCAGCUUUGUAUGAUGUUACCAGCCAUUUAAGUACUAAUUAUGGUAUUGGGUCCUGGUUAGAUUCAGGUAUUCCUCCCAACAAAGUAGUCAUGGGAAUACCAAUGUAUGGGAGAUCAUGGAUGCUUAAAAACAAGGAAAAGGUGAGAAUAGGAUCCCCUGCUGUUGCUGCAGGCCCAAGACAGAGAUUAAGCAACCAGACAGGCUUCAUGAUGUUUUCUGAAGUUGAUCACUUCAUUAGGAAACAUAAUGCUACUGUUGUUAUUGACAAUUUUACUGUCUCUGCUUAUUGUUAUGCUGGAGAUGUGUGGAUUAGUUAUGACGAUAAAGAGACUGUGGACUUGAAGACCAAGUUUGCCAAAGACAGAGGCCUGUUGGGAUACUUCUUCUGGGCAGUGAGUUAUGAUCACAACUGGACACUCUCAACACAAGCUUCAGAUGCAUGGGAUAGAUACUGCAUUCAUGAACAGAAGAGUCAUUCUUUCAUCUCUCCUGUUGCUGCUCCCUCUUACUCUCCCUCUCUUUCACCAUCAACAGGCUGGCAAGAUGGAUCAUCUAAUAUUGGUGCCAUGGUUGGUUCUGCAAGAUCCAUUAUAUAUACAUUCAGCUCUCUUAGUACUUCUUAUCUUCUUCCGAUUGCCAUCAUUCUUUUGUUGGGAUGAAAAUUCCAUCCUGUUUGUCAUAUUUUAUAUUUCUGACUGUUGUUUCAGGAAGAUGCUGACCUUAAUUUUCAUUCUAGGACUAACAUAAAUUUGUCUCCAUUUAGAAGCAUUUCUUCCAAUUUUCCUAUUAUUUUUUUCCUAUUAUUUUUGGCAAUGAGUGACAUGUAAGAAGUGAGUUUGACAUCGAGUGACAUGUAACGAGUGAGUUUAACAUUGUAAUAAAAUGCAAGAUCAAUUGGAUGUUAUAUUUUUCAACUGGGAAAUCUUACAGUCAUGGCGACUAUCAAUAUUCCCUGGUAAAAUCUGGAGAUGUAUUAUGAUUUAAUAUGUAUUUGUUCAAUAAUGUGAUUGAGUAUAUGAUGAGGAAAAAGAUUUGAGAAGAUUUCUUAAAUUUUAAUUAAGAGGAAUCACAAAGUGA